AUGGUCGAAUCCCAGAGCAGCGUGCAGCCCUCGUUGGUGGAUGGUCUGCCUCGACCUCCCCGAGUGUUUCCUCAGCUAGAUGAGCUGGCCGAGUCCGACCGAAAUGAAUCCCUGACCGUUCAGGAUGGAACUCGAAUUCGAGCUCCAAAGCCCGGAUAUCCACCGUGGAUCCCAAUGAAAGAUGCCCACAAGGACUGUACCGAGGGUACAUUCGGUGGUGCCUCGAACAGCGGCACGACAUCUCCAGCAUCACCCGUGAGCCCAAUCGAAGGAAUGCGCCCGGCAAAUCCCUUUGAUCUGAGACACCCCCCAAGACACCCGCCGUCUCCCGGAUGCACAUCUCAACUACCGCCUCGCAUGCACUCGCCCGCCUCUCAGAUAUUUGAGCGAAGCGUCCAGGAAGAUAUGGUCCCGGCGCAAGCAUCAUCUUCGAUCCCUGCACAUAUUCGAACAGAAAACUAUAUCCCCCCGGUUCUCGAGGCAUCGUCGGCUGCGAUUACGGACGACCACCUGGACCCCGAUUCCGUCGAGAUUGUCACACAUAGUCUACACCAGUCUGCUGUCGCAGGCGUUAUAGGCGCGUCUCCGAUGGAGCAGUCGCUAUCAUCCUCGGUAAUCGAUGACCACCCGGGAACAAACCACUCCGAUGCCGACGAAGUUUCAUCUGCCCACGGCGCGCUGGACUCGACGGAUGUGCGACGUUUGAGCUUUAUCUCCUUUGCCGAUGUGGUCAAUGCCGAACACGCCGAAACGGGCGACCCCUGGGCCAGUCGAGAUCCCUCCCAACAUACAUCAGCCCCAGCAAUGUCCACUGUCGGACCUGCCAACCGAUCCCCAUCACCAAUGCGCUCACCGGCCUCAUCGCAUGCGAUGGGAACCUCGCCACCCACGAGCAUUGCAACCUCCUUCAAAGGAACGGAAAUGUCCCCUCCUCACGGAGCUCGGGGCGCAGGAAGCCCAUUCCCGACGGCCCAGAGCCCGGUCUCUUCGAGUUUUGGCGGGGAACUCAAUAUUGAAACAAUGCGGCAGGCAUUGAGAAGAACGGGGAGCGGUGAAUUGGGUGGAGUGGCUAGCCAGACAGCCAGUGCCGUGGGCAAUGACGAGGUGAUUGAUCGUUCGUUUUAG